UAUUUGCAGGCCUAGUUGGACACGAAGUUGCAGUUGUAUGUAUUAGUGAGUGCUUGGUUUCCUGUAUGAAUACUUAAUGCAAACCACGUGGUGUGAAAGCAGACUGCAGCUUCUUUUGUUCAAAUCAAUCAAACCGGAGACGGGCAAAGAGCUGCUGAAUCAGGAAAUCACCGCUUCUGUUUGAAAAAUGCCACGCAAGAAGGUGACAGAUGUCUCAGGGAAUGGUGGUAUGAAAAAGAAGAGGGCCAGCGGUAAAAGGAAAGAGAGGGACUUUAGUAGCGAUGAUGAAUUUGACUACGAGCAGGAGAACAACAAGAAACCUGGGAAACCUGCUGCCAAGUCUGGUCUCCAGCCUGUCACUGUGGCAGACGAUGUCAAGGAGAAAAUAAAACUUGAGUGUCCAAAGGUAAAGGGUCAACUGCUCAUCUUUGGAGCAACAAACUGGGAUUUAAUUGGACGAAAGGAGGUGCCCAAACAACAAGGUCGUAAUGACAAAGGGCAACUGGGUCACGGGGACACCAAACGUCUGGAGGCUCCCAAGCUGAUCGAGGCCUUAGCAGAUCAUGUGAUUGUUGCUGCAGCCUGUGGACGCAAUCACACUCUGGCACUCACAGAGAAUGGCAUUGCGUACUCUUUUGGUGAGAACAAGCUGGGCCAGCUUGGUCAAGGCAACCAGACUGAUGCAGUCCUCAGCCCAGCACCGAUUUCAUACAAUGGCCAGCCCCUCGUGAAGGUGGCUUGUGGUGCUGAGUUCAGCAUGGUGGUGGACUGCAAAGGAAACCUGUACUCCUUUGGCUGCCCAGAGUACGGACAGCUGGGUCAUAACAGUGAUGGAAAGUUCAUAGCUCGUGCCCAGCGCAUAGAGUUUGACUGUGAGCUCAUUGCCCGCCGCGUCGCUAUCUUUAUUGAGAAAUCCAAGGACGGUCAGAUCAUGCCCGUGCCCAAUGUGGUGGUUCGAGAUGUGGCCUGUGGAGCUAACCAUACGCUGGUGCUGGACUCUCAGAAGAGAGUGUUCAGCUGGGGUUUUGGUGGUUAUGGGCGUCUGGGUCACACGGAGCAGAAGGAUGAGAUGGUUCCCCGACUGGUCAAACUGUUUGACUUUCCUGGACGCGGUGCCAGUCAGAUCUGUACAGGCUACCAGUGUUCUUUUGCUGUCAGUGAGAUGGGGGGGCUGUUUUUCUGGGGGGUGACAAACACUUCCAGAGAGUCAACCAUGUACCCCAAAGCUGUGCAGGAUCUCUGUGGCUGGAAGAUCCGCAGUCUGGCAUGUGGGAAGAGCAGCAUCGUUAUUGCUGCAGAUGAGAGUACAAUCAGCUGGGGCCCCUCGCCUACAUUUGGAGAGCUGGGGUAUGGAGAUAACAAACCCAAAUCAUCCACCACUGCUCAGGAGGUCAAGACUUUGGAUGGCGUCUACAUUGAGCAGGUGGUGAUGGGCUACUCUCACUCUCUGGUUAUUGCCAGACAGGACACUGAGCAGGAACAGGAGAAACUGAAAAAGCUGCCUGAGUACAACCCCCGAACAAUUUGAUUGGACCUCCAACGGCAACACCUCAACCUUUUUCACUGGAGCAGAGACCAGCAAUGCUCAGCAGCCGGUUUAGUCGAUUCCAGUCUCGGUGGUGUACUAGUGGGAUGGUUGAGUUCAGGGGGAGGCUGAAGGAUAUCCACACAUCUCAACUACCAGGAAACUGGCUGAAAAUGGAACAGGAGACGGACAGAUCCUCUGGAUGGUCCAUCUCUCAAAAUGAACGGUCAAGGUAUCUUCACUUCCCACUUAGAGUGAACCUGCAACAGUUUGCUCCGAGCACUUCACACCUAGCAGAGUCGUGCUUCCCAAAACCCUUUUUCUAUUUUGUAAUACAGCCAAACAUUCAUGUCUUUAUGUAUCUUGUUCUGUUAUCUUUGUUGCAGUAUUUGAAAUGAUAAAGUUGUCACAAUUACGGGUGCUACAGCAGGACUCUCAGUCUUUUCCUACUGAGGGGUUUUCAAAGACCAAUACUCCAUACCUGUGCCUUUUUCUAAAUGUAUGUUCAGGAUAUGGAAGUGUUGUUUGUUUUGUUCAGGGGAUCCGCUGAUCAGUCUGAUUUAUUGUAUAAGGCAGUGUGAGCAGAUGUGUUUGCAGCUGCCACAGAUCACAAUCAGGAUUCAGAACAUGAUGUUCUGAGUUAGUGCACUCCACAAAAUGUUACAUUCCUUUUGUUGUCUUCAGUGUUUGCAUCAAGGAUGCACACCUCAGUCCUUCCAAGACUAGUGUCUUCUAGCUCUUGUCUUUGAGCAUCGAAAUAGUUACUAUUACUCAAAUUAGCAAAGCAUUUUCACAAGCAGGUCAGAACUUUUAGAACCAACAGUGCAAUGUGUAGAAAUGGUUCAGUGUAUCAAGGUGUGCUGGGAAAAAAACAAACAAAAAAAAAAAAAAUAGAAAUGGUGUUUCCUUCUACUCGUACUGCAUUCUUUUUUUUACGGUGAAACUUCUCUGGGUUACAUUGUUUUUUUGUUUUUUUUCAUUGAAGUGGUUAAAUAAAGAUUCACAUGAAUUUA